AGAGGCGCCCAAUCUUCAAAACCGCAACUGUAAGAACUCUCUCCUGCUACUGGAUUUUCUUGGGCGUUCGGUUUUGAUUUGUUGGUGCCUUUCUUCUCCAUUGCGGACUUGGAUUCCAGAAAACAUGGAUGGGGGAGUAGCUUACAAUCCUCGGACUGUGGAAGAGGUUUUCAGGGACUUUAAGGGCCGUCGUGCUGGAAUGAUUAGAGCUCUCACCACCGAUGUCGUGGAAUUUUAUCAGCUUUGCGACCCUGAGAAGGAAAACCUCUGCCUAUAUGGACUCCCUAAUGAACAGUGGGAAGUUAAUUUGCCUGCGGAAGAAGUACCUCCAGAGGUUCCGGAACCAGCAUUGGGCAUUAACUUUGCUAGAGAUGGGAUGCAAAAAAAGGAUUGGCUAUCCCUUGUUGCCGUUCAUAGUGACGCAUGGCUUCUUGCUGUGGCUUUCUAUUUUGGUUCUAGAUUUGGCUGUGAUAAAUCUGACAGGAAACGCCUCUUUACCAUGAUAAAUGAUCUGCCCACUAUAUUUGAGGUUGUGACGGGAAGUGUGAAGAAACAGGGAAAAGACAAGUCAUUGGUUUCAAAUAACAGCAGCAGCAAAUCCAGGACUGGCCCAAAGGGGAGAGAUUCUGAAUCAAGCAAGUUGUCUAAUGGGUUGGCAAAAGAUGAAGACGACGGACUGAAUGAGGAAGCUGAGGAGGAGCACGGGGAGACCUUAUGUGGGGCAUGCGGAGAGAAUUAUGCAUCGGACGAGUUUUGGAUAUGUUGUGACAUAUGUGAGAAGUGGUUCCAUGGCAAGUGUGUGAAGAUCACUCCUGCAAGGGCCGAACAUAUCAAGCAAUACAAAUGCCCCUCGUGCAGCAAUAAGAGGGCACGGCCCUGAUAAUGAUGGGUACCUCGUUAAUUUUAUUCAUGUUGGAUUAAGCUAACUUGUAGUCAGUCCAAUAUUAAUCCAUGUCCCCCAGGGUAUGUACUAAUUGCGUUGGCUGGAAUCUUAUUUAUUCGGAUAACUUACAGGCUAUUAAAUGUAUUUUAUGUAAUUCCCAACUGAGAUACACAGAUUGUUCUAUAUGUGCGAACCUGUCGGCUAUGGAAUCUGAAACACUAUAAUUUAUCUUGUUUAAUUGUUUCUGAUCUGCUUCUUA